UCAAACUAUGGAUAGAGCAUCCCCCUGUCCAGCGCGGGCGCACUGAUCGUUUCGCUUUACCUCGUCGCCCUUCAUGAUACGGAAGUCAGGCAACAAGCGGCACCAACCGGCGGUAUGGCGGCGCUGCCGCACCAUCCGCUCCCUGAGGCAGAUGCACGCCCUUAUGGUCGUCACUGGCUUCCUCUCCGACGCCUCCGCCCUUCGGGAACUGCUAUUCUCCUCAGCCGUCUCGGUCGCGGGCGCCGUGCCUUACGCCCUCCAACUGUUCGACCGAAUCCCCCGCCCGGACCUCUUCAUGUGGAACACCGUCAUCCGCGGCGCUGCCCACACCUCCACGCCCUCGGACGCCAUUUCCCUGUUCGCGCGCAUGGAGAGAGCCGGCACACGGCCUGACAAACUCACCUUCCCCUUCCUCCUCCGCGCUUGCACCAAGCUCUCCGAAUCCGCGUUGGGUUCACAAUUCCAUGCCAAGAUCACAAAAUUUGGUCUGGAAUCAGAUUCCUUUGUCAGGAACGCACUCAUUAACAUGCAUGCGAAUUGUGGCGACUUGGCAGUGGCUGACUCACUCUUCGAUGGGUCUGCCAGACGGGACGUCGUUGCGUGGUCCGCGUUGAUUGCAGGCUACGCAAGAAGAGGUGAGCUGACCAUCGCACGUCAGUUGUUCGACGAUAUGCCGUCCAAGGAUUUGAUCUCUUGGAAUGUCAUGAUCACUGCAUGUGCGAAACGAGGGGAGAUGGCAAUGGCACGGGAGUUGUUUGAUCGGGUUCCCGAAAAGGAUGUUGUGUCAUGGAAUGCGAUGAUCGCUGGAUAUGUGCAAUGUGGGGAGCAUGAUCAAGCGAUGGAGGUUUUUGAACAGAUGCAUGUUGCAGGGGAGCAGGCUGAUGAGGUUACCAUGCUGAGCUUGCUUUCUGCAUGCGCUGAUGCUGGAGUUCUGGAUAUCGGCAAGAGGAUACAUGUCUCCCUGAUGGAGAUGUGCUCUAGAAAUGGGCUUUCUACAUGUCUUGGCAAUGCAUUGAUAGACAUGUAUGCAAAGUGUGGGAGCAUUCAAGGAGCAAUGGAGGUUUUCCGGGGGUUGAGGGAGAAGGACCUAUCAACAUGGAACUCGAUUGUUGGAGGAUUAGCAAUCCAUGGUCACUUUGAAGACUCGUUAUAUUUAUUUGAAGACAUGCUUAAGAAGAAAUUGAGACCGGAUGAGAUCACUUUCGUCGGCGUCUUGGUUGCUUGCAGUCAUGGAGGGAUGGUCGAACAGGGAAAGAGAUACUUUUGCCUGAUGCAGAAUGAGUAUGGGAUUGAACCAAAUAUCAAGCAUUAUGGUUGUAUGGUGGACAUGCUUGGGCGUGCAGGACUUCUGAAAGAAGCAUUUGAAUUUAUAGAUAGUAUGAAGAUUGAACCAAACCCAAUUGUGUGGAGGGCACUGCUUGGAGCUUGUCGAAUCCAUGGCGAUGUCAAAUUGGCUGAGCAAGCUAAUGAACAGUUGCUGAGGAUGAGGAAUGAUGCAAGUGGGGACUUUGUGUUGCUCUCCAAUAUUUAUGCUUCAAGAGGAGAGUGGGGUGGAGUGGAGAAGGUGAGGAAGUUGAUGCAUGACAGAGGAGUUAGCAAGGAGGCUGGCUGUACUCUGUUUGAUACUGAUAGUAAAGAGCUCAUGCAAUUUUUGUCACAGGGUAAACCUGGUUUAAGGAUGAAGGAAGCUGCUUGAUUGAUACUACUUUCAUUAGGAAUGUUGGUUGAUAUGUUUGCAAAACUGGAGUUCCUAAUGAAGAUCCUGGGGUGAUACCUUUCUCAUGGCUAUGGAGAUUUUAUAUUAAGGGAGAAACAAUUCCUUUUUCAUUUUCUACAAGCAGCCAUGUAGAGUAGCAUUGGGAGGAAAUCGUGUGACAGCAUAAUUUACCAACUGCUGGCAAUGUAGGUGUUGCCAUUUGAUGGACAUUAUUGGGGGCAUGAACAAGUUAUGGGGGACAUGAAAUGCAUCUGCAAUUUGCAAAAUUGGAGCUAGUAGCAGAGACAAGCAGUGAGAACUAAAGGUUUCAGAAGCUGGAGCCAGACAAAUGGUUCUUAAGAAAAGAUUUCAGCUCCGUGGGAGGUGACAUCAGUAUGCCUUUUGUUUUGGAUUGUCAUUUGCAAUUCAAAGGUCACUGGGAAGAAGAUCUGAGUAGUCUCCACAGAAGAUGAUUAAGAAGCACAAAAGACAGUGCAGCAGAUGUACUUCAGGUAGAAGAGAAGGAGAAAGCAGAGGAUGGGCUGCACCAACAUCACCUUCCAAGCAAGAGAGAAGCCAAGGCGACUCGCAAGGCAACCGCUGCCGGCCCAGCAGAGGACGCAGAGGAUCGCGGCCAAGGAUCCGGCUCUCCGAUCCAUGAGCACAUAAAACAGCCCGAAGGCCACCGCAAAGGCGAGGCCGAGGUCGACGGCCAGGACGCCGCCGCCGAGCCAGGAGGGCAGGUCGAGGAGCGGCGGGGUGAAGUGGAAGAGGAGGAGGGAGGUGUAGAAGAUUGGCCAGACGAAGAGAGUGUGGAUGAGGACGUUGGUCUUCUCCAGAUCGAGCAUCUCGCCGGCCACGGACGAAAGGCGAGGGAGGUGAUGGCGGACGGACAUGACGUCGUGGUAGUACGUGAGGAAGAAGACGAAGGGAAAGCGAAUGGGUGGGGGGUGUUCUGUAGUGCAACAGCACCCGGAUUUGGUUGAGGUGAGAAGGAAUUGUUCGAGAUCAGCACGCGGUAGAAGUUCGAGACUGGUUUGUGUUGUCUGUGGGUGUGUUGGAUAUUUUGACUUGAUUGAUUGCCCCCUCUUUGUGACAACCAUGGUUUAUUUAUCUUGA